CCUUCCUGUGUCGGAUGUGAAUCGAGCAGAAGCACGAAGCUUUGGACUUUUGUUUCGGCUUGUGGGCAAGUGCUCCCUGGUGUGCGCUCCCUCUGACAGGGGCGAGCCAUGGAGACCUGCUUUUGAGACCUUAUAAGAAAGACCGUCGUUUAGUCGUUUAGUCGUGUCCGACUCUUCGUGAUCCCAUGGACCAGAGCACGCCAGGCCACCCUGCAAGAAUAACGUGGUUUCCCAGAUCUAGACCCCGGUGGGCGUCCGGUCUCAGUGUGCACGUAUCUCGCACCUGAUGUUUCUUUCCAGGGGGAAAUGGCCCGAGGCUGGUGCUACAGAGUGGAAGCUGCCGUCCUGAGUCUGGCUGGGUUGAUCGGCCUGGUCUUCCUUCUCCAUCGCGACGAUGCGCCGAGCAGCCGCGGCUCGCGAGAGGCGAAGGAACCCUUCGCUUCAGCCUCGCCUCUCACGAUGGAAGCCCCCCGGCCCACCACUGCCGAGUGCCGAGAGAACAGCACCGUGGCCAACCUCACUGGCUUUGCCGAGCUGCCGGGCCACAUCCAGGACUUCCUGCGCUACAAGCAUUGCCGGGAUUUCCCUCUGCUCUUGGAUGUGCCGGAGAAGUGUGGGGAUCCUCAGAGCUCCCACCUGGUCUUCCUGCUCCUGGCCAUCAAGUCCUCCCCGGGCAACUACGAGCGCCGGGAGGUGAUCCGGAAGACCUGGGGCCAGGAGAGGACCGUGGCCGGCGUCCACAUCCGGAGGGUCUUCCUCUCUGGGGUGGCAGCCAAUGCCCGCGAGGCCCGGAAGCUCAACGGCCUCUUGGCGAUGGAGGCGGCCGAGCACCGCGACAUCCUUCAGUGGGGCUUCCAGGACAGCUUCUUCAACUUGACCCUCAAGCAGAGCCUCUUCCACGCCUGGCUCGACGCCCGCUGCCCCGGUGUCCGCUUCGUCCUCAACGGGGAUGACGACGUGUUCGCCCACACUGACAACAUGGUCCACUACCUGCUGGGCGUCCCCGGGGCCGGCGACCGCCACCUCUUUGUGGGCCACCUCAUCUCCCACGUGGGGCCCAUCCGGGAGAAGUGGAGCAAGUAUUACGUGCCAGAGCUGGUGACCGCCUCCAAGUCCUACCCGCCCUACUGCGGCGGCGGGGGCCUCCUCAUGUCCGGCUUCACCUCCCGGGCCAUCUACCAGGCCUCUCUGGAUCUCGAACUCUUCCCCAUUGAUGACGUCUACCUGGGCAUGUGCCUGCAGAAGGCCGGCCUCGCUCCGGCCGCCCAUGGGGGCAUCCGGAUGGUGGGGGUGCGGGUGCCCUCCUCCACCCUAGACUCUUUUGACCCCUGCUAUUAUAAGGAGCUGCUCCUGGUCCAUCGCUUCGUGCCCUACGAGAUGCUACUGAUGUGGAGAGCGGUCCACCAGCAAGGCCUGGUCUGUGGGAAGAAGCUGGAGGUGUACCAAAGUCCCUGAGCCACCUCGGAGAGGAUCCGAGAAGGAUGGAUGGCCCUGUCUUCACCGACGGCCUCGGUUGGUGGCCCCCUUGCUCAGGUUCCUCUCCCUGGUGCCUCCAUGAAAAGGGAGAAGCCUGCAAGGUCUCAUUCCGUCAAGGCGUUCAAAGAAAGCUGCAGGAUUUUGCAGGUCUUGCCAGCUGGGAUAAUAUUUCGGAGGGUAUUUUUAAAAAAUUCUCAACCAAACCUUUCCAGGCUGGCUCGCUGGUGGGAGGGCGGUUCUCCCCCUUUUAAAGCCCCUUGGUGUUCUUCUGUGGCCCUCUGUGGUUUUCUCAAGAGUGAAACUUUGUUGAGGGGGAAAAAAAACCACACCAACAUGUCAGGAAUCGCUGGGGCUGAAGGCUAAUUGUAUCUCUCCGAGGGCUCCCGUUGACCACGGGCACACUCUUCAAAGCUGCCUUCUGUCCGGCCCUGCAGGGGUGUUUGGUGCAGGUAGCCCUUUUGACCUCCUCUCAUGGGAGAAAAGGGCAGCCCAGCCAGGCUGCUCCGUCAAAAUCGUCGGUAGCCGAGCUCAUGCUCACAGACAUCUUCCACUGAAUUUUAUGAGCCAUCUGGCUAUUUUUGGACACCUCCGCCUUGUUUAGAGCCUCUGCACUGAGAUGCUGCUUAUUUGGGUGUGGGUUUAUUUUUUAUUAUUUUGUGUAUGUGGAUACCUGUUACGGACUGCAACUCUUCCCUCUGACUGCACAAAUUCCUUAGCACUGACUUGGAUCUCUGUGGCUCCCAAGGAGUUUGAAUUCAAUGCAUCUUCUCUGCUCAGAGACGGAGGCUGCUGGGACGUGGAGUAGGGGGGUUCCCACAUGUGCCUCUACCCACUCCUUGCUUUUUAUUGUCUUUUUUUUUAGGGGGGGUGUUAGGAAAAAUCCUGGAAAUUGCCAUCAUGGCAUCCUUCCAAAAGGCCAUCAGUGAAGGGUCUUGGAACAGCAGGAGAAA